AUGCCUAUAAACAGAAACAAGCUGAUUUUACUACUAGGAGUGAUCUGUUUGGAACAAGGUAAAUCUGCAACUCUCUCUCUCCCUAAAGUUCCCAACUGUGGGCAGAGUCUGGUUAAGGUACGGCCUAGGAAUUACUUCAACAUUUUCAGUCGCAUUGUUGGGGGAAGCCAAGUAGAAAAGGGUUCCUAUCCCUGGCAGGUGUCUCUGAAACAAAGGCAGAAGCAUAUCUGUGGAGGGACCAUCAUCUCUCCACGGUGGGUAAUCACAGCUGCUCACUGUGUUGCAAGCAGAAAUAUUGGGCCAACUUUGAAUGUUACUGCUGGAGAACAUGACUUGAGCCAGACAGAGCCAAGGGAGCAAACCCUCACUGUUGAAACCGUCAUCAUACACCCACAUUUCUCCACCAAGAAACCAAUGGACUAUGACAUCGCCCUCUUGAAGAUGGCCGGAGCCUUCCAAUUUGGCCAGUUUGUAGGUCCUGUAUGUCUUCCAGAGCCAGGCGAGCGAUUUGAGGCUGGAUUUAUUUGUACAACUGCAGGCUGGGGCCGCUUGACUGAAGCGGGCAUCCUCCCUCAAGUCUUGCAGGAAGUGAACCUGCCUAUUUUGCCCCAGGAGGAGUGUGCGGCAGCUCUGCUCACCCUAAAGAAGCCCAUCAGUGGGAAAACCUUUCUCUGCACAGGCUUCCCUGAUGGAGGGAGAGAUGCGUGUCAGGGAGAUUCAGGAGGUUCACUCAUGUGCCGGAAUAAGAAAGGAACCUGGACUCUGGCUGGUGUGACUUCCUGGGGUUUAGGCUGUGGUCGAGGCUGGAGAAACAAUAUGCAGGAAAAGGAUCAAGGAUCCCCUGGGAUCUUCACAGAUCUUAGUAAAGUGCUUUCCUGGAUCCAUGAACACAUCCAAACCGGAAAUCAGAAAAAGAGCUCCAGAGCCUCAUGCAGUGAGCAGGAUGGCGUUGUCAUCGGGUCUGAGGGGGAGCUGCACUUCCCAGAAAGCCUCCACCUAUACUAUGAGAGCAAGCAACUCUGUGUCUGGACUCUGCUGGUACCAGAGGAAAUGCAUGUGUUGCUAAAUUUUUCCCGCUUGGAUGUGGAGUCGUGUCAACAUAAUUACCUGUCAAUAUAUUCUGUAGAAGAUAGACUCAUUGGAAAAUUCUGUGGAGAAAGCCUCCCUUCAUCCAUUCUCAUCAGCUCCAAUUCCAUAAAUCUGAAGUUCAUCUCUGAUGCCACAGAUUAUGCUACUGGGUUUAACCUCACCUAUAAAGCUUUUAAGCCAAACUACCUUCCUGAUUCAGGCUGCAGUUCCUUAACGAUCCUUUUCGAAGAAGGCCUCAUAAAGAGUCGUCACUAUCCUGAAGACUACAGUGACAUGGCUAACUGUAACUGGAUUUUUCAAGCCCCCAAACAUUACCUAAUUAAGCUUUCAUUUCAGAGUCUGGAAAUAGAGGAAAGUGGAGACUGCACUUCCGACUAUGUGACGGUACACAGCGAUGUAGAAAGGAAGAAGGAAAUAGCUCGGUUGUGUGGCUACGAUGUCCCCACCCCUGUGCUGAGCUCCUCAGGUGCCAUGCUCAUCAGCUUCCAAUCGGAUGGAAACGGGACCUCCAGAGGUUUUCAGGCUACAGUCUCCUUCAUUCCUAAAGCAGGUAAGAAAAUAGUGGCUUCGACUCCUCGGUUCCCAGUUCUAAACCUCAUCAUAUAA